AUGCAGCCACUGCUCUCUCUGACUCUGGCCCUCCCCCUGCUCUCGGCCUCCUCCAUCCUGCUGACUCCACACAAACCGGGCUUCCUGCUGUACGACACGGUGUCUCUGCGCUGUGAGGACGCCCCCUGGUGGACGGUGAGGCGCCGCACCAGCAGUGGGGGGGUGCGCACCUGUCUGUCUGGCUGGGGGUCUCCAGGGGGCGCUGUCUCAGAGUGCCUCAUCAAGAACCUGUACCCCUCCGACAUCGGGACGUACUGGUGCGAGAGCGAGAGCGGAGAGAAGAGCGCCACGGUGCACAUCCACAUCACAGGACGUGUUUCUGCUGGACCCCUGAGCGUGCACUUCACCGUCUUUGGGCACGGUGACCGCACGCCGCCUUCACACGGCGCUCUGCAGAAAGAGUCCUGCGUUCUCCAGCUCAUGUGA